AUGAACCCAUUCGACUCUGGGCAAUAUGCCAGCCAAAUACCGCCUCAAGACCAAGAACAGGCUCGAAGACACUCGUCUCCUGCGCGCGCAACAGGCGCAUUGGUUGGAAUGCAUCCAGGGCAAGGGAAUAAUGAUGCUGGGUUAAGGUUCAACAUGCUGGCAACCCAGCCAGUCGAUACCAAGCACCAAAUUGCUCGCUCUCAACAACCUUCGAUGGAUUUUGGGGCAGGAGGGAAUGUCAUGGGAACAUAUCAAUUCAAUCCGUCGGUCAGUCAAGGCAAUGAUCCAAAUAUGCUCUUUACGGGGAAUGGACCCAUGUCAAUGCAGCAAUAUCAGCAAAACCAAGGAUUGUUUCAAGACCCAGAUAACUUCAACCUGAAUGCAACUUAUAAUUCAUCAUAUGCGCCCUCCAUGGACCCGAUGACCACCUUUCAGCAGGGCUAUCCCGGUGCAGGCAAUUUUCAAGGAAACGACUUGGCUUUCUCGCUAGGAUAUGAUGCCUCGAAUGAUGCACAAUCACAGUCUUUGGACAUGUUGUUUUCGAAUCCUACCUUUGUCCCUCUUCCACAAUCGUCAAUUCAACCUAUGACCGCGCCAGAACAGUUGAAUACCCAACACAACUGGGCGGAUUUGUCCAACUUCAGUUUGUCUCUGCCCCCGCAGAGGAUGAUGAAUGAUGCAUCUCCAGUUGAAGGUCUUCCGCAACAAAGCUCAGUGGUCACCCUACCACGACGCAGUCAGAGCAUCAGUCAAUCUCAAUCCAUCUCAUCAUUGAUACAGCAGCAACCAUCUAAAGCUUCGGCUACUCCACCUCAUUUUCGUAAUCCAUUUAUUCCGUCUGAAAUUGCUGCAUCAACAACGCCCAAACCUGGAGCAAGCAAAGUCGUGUCAGAGUACUACAAUAUAUAUUCGAGUAGUGGAUUUGAUAUGUUUGGAAUACUGGCCAAAAUCGCAAAUCGACCACACCCAGAAAUCAACAUCGGCGCGGUCGACAUGUCCUGUGCAUUUAUUCUUUGCGAUAUGACUUGUCACGACGAUCCCAUUGUUUACGUGUCUGAUGCUUUCGAGCGGCUUACCGGCUAUACCAAGCAUGAAAUCCUCGGUAGAAACUGUCGAUUCUUGCAAUCACCGGACGGCAAAGUCGAUCCAGGAAUGAAAAGAAAAUACGUGGAUGAUCAGACAGUUUGGCGUCUGAAAGAAAAGAUUCAAGCUCGAGCUGAGGUCCAAGUCAGCAUGAUCAAUUACCGGAAAGGCGGGCAAUCUUUUAUGAAUUUGUUGACUAUGAUACCAAUCCAUUGGAAUACCACCGAUUAUAGGUUCUAUGUGGGUUUUCAAGUUGAUCUUGUAGAGAAGCCUCAUGCGGUUACCAAAAGAAAUGCGGAUGGCUCCUAUUCGAUCAAUUACCAGCAGGAUCAACUUUCUCGGUAUGUAUUACAUACACCCGAAUCGCGCAGGUUGCAGGCAAGUUUGUCGAGGAGUAUCAGUCAUGAUGAAGCAACUGCUGUCUUGAAAAGCAUCAGCUCAGGUAUCAAAGAAGGGCGCUAUCUGGAUCGAGUUAUACUUGAAAAUGCGGACGACGUGAUUCAUGUUUUAUCGCUUAGAGGUCUUUUUCUGUAUCUGUCACAAUCCAGCUCUAGGCUUCUCGAAUAUGACCCAAGUGAGCUCGUGGGGCAAUCGAUAUCAUCUGUUUGUCAUCCUAGUGACAUUGCUCCUGUCACACGAGAGCUAAAGCAAAGUACGACUGGGUCGCCUGUCAGCGUGAUAUACCGUUUUCGAAGAAAGAAUAGUGGCUAUGUAUGGUUCGAAAGCUAUGGAUCAUUGCAUAUUGAGCCCGGAAAGGGACGCAAGUGCCUGAUACUCGUUGGCCGUGAGCGUCCAGUAUAUGCAUUGGACCGAUCCAACGUUCUUAAAGCGGGAGGCAUAGGAGAGAAUGAUUUGUGGACGAAAAUCUCGAUUUCAGGGAUGUUUUUAUUUGUCUCAUCUAAUGCUCGCGUCCUUCUUGAUAGAACUCCAGGUGAGAUGGUAGGGAAGGGUAUACAAGAUUUUAUGCGAAGCGACUCACGGGGAGAAUUGGGUAAAGCUUUGGAAGUCGCGCGUACAGGACGACAAGCCACAUUCAAACAUGAGAUCAGACACAAGCGUGGCCAUGUUUUGCAGGCGCAGACCAUUUUGUUUCCGGGAGAUGCAAAUCCCGGAACAAAGCCUUCGUUCCUGAUCGCUCGAAUAUAUUUACUGAAGAAUUCGCGGUCGACAUACCUUCAGCAACGUAACAAUCCAAUAGUCAUAUCGACUACAACGACGGAUAUGAGCAGUCCAGGGGCUAUUACAUCAUCAGCAUCAACAACAUCAGCAGGAACUAUGCUGACCAUGGCCACCACAACUCCACCCUCACAGGGCAAUACUAGUAGUGUACGAGCAGGACCUGAACAAAAGCUAGCUGCCGUCACGACUGAAGCAGGAUCGCAUGGGCUGCCGCUAGGAACGCAUGACGAGGCCAUGCUUUCCACUAAUAACAUAUUCGAGGAAUUGAAAACAGUGCGAAGCUCAAGCUGGCAGUUUGAACUACGACAACUGGAGAGGAAUAAUCGGUUACUCGCAGAGGAGCUGCAAGGACUACUCAGCCGUCGGAAGAAGCGGAAGCGGAAGAAAGGGACCGGACCGUUGGAAAAGGCAUGCGCAAACUGCGGGACACGCAACACGCCUGAAUGGAGGCGCGGACCAAGCGGACAUCGUGAUCUAUGCAAUAGCUGUGGAUUACGAUGGGCCAAGCAGAACGGCCGCAUAUCCCCCCGAAAACAGUCCGAUCAAACCGACAAAACUCCCAGUCCUGCCUCGGGAAAAGCCUCACCGGGUAGUCUGACAGAUGAAAAGGCACAAGAGAAAGUGUCAUGA